CUUGUAUCCGCACUGUUUGCCUGGAAUAAACUAUCAAGCACGUUUAUUUUUCACAACGAUCUUCCAGAAACGAUGGAUGCAGUACUUUUACACGGAGAAGCUGAAUUAUAUAUUAAAAGUCUGGAGAAGAUGUCAUUGCGUGAAAUCGGAAGUCCGAAGUGGUUUCGCCAGCAUGAGUUCAUUGAAAAACUUAAUAUGCAAGCUAUUCUGAAUGCUCAAGCUAGUCAAGAGGAAUUUGUUAAGGACCUCUUCGUUUCACUGGGAAAGAUACCCACACUGGUGCAUGCAAUGAUACUUACAGAAGUCUGGAAACAUAAAGUGUUCCCUAUAAUUUGUAAACUGAAGGACUUUAAUCCAAAGAGCACGUUUCUGCUUUACAUGGUGAUUCAUCAUGAAGCUACAAUUAUAAACCUCUUGGAGACAAUAAUGUACCACAAGGAAUCCAGUGAAGCAGCCGAUGAUGCUGUAAUUGACCUGGUGGAUUACUGUCAUCGCAAGCUCACUCUGCUGGCCGGACGAUCUGUCUGUGGAGAGAUCCCUGCUGAGGACCGAAUUACACAUGUACAGCUAACAGACGGCACAUCCAUACAGGAUCUGCAGAGGCAGAGUGAUAUGUUGGAGUUUGAAAUCUCUGUCAAGGCUCUGUCAGUGCUGUGUUACAUCACUGAUCACAUAGAGAGCUUGAGUUUUAGUGUGCUUUCAAGGAUGCUGAGCACACAUAAUUUACCCUGUGUGCUGGUUCAGCUGGUGGAAAAUUGCCCUUGGAACAGAGGUAAAGAGAAAUACACAGAAGGGAAGUGGAGGCCUGUUCUGCCUGAGGAUCAGCAAAAGUUGAGUAAACAUGAUGGCCAGGUGUGGAUUGCUCUACUAAACCUGGUACUCAAACCAGACUGCCAAAGAAAAUAUGAUUUCAAUAACUUCAACAUAAGUCAGCUCUUAAAGCUUCGUGGAUUUUUGACAGACACUGUGAUAGAUCAGUUACCAAACCUAGUUGAUCUCAAGAACUUUCUCAGUCACCUUGCUCUCACAGAUCCAGCACCUCCUAAAAAAGAUUUAAUCUUAGAGCAGUUGCCAGAGAUAUGGAAUUAUAUCGUAAACGAGAACACCAACAAGUGGAAAGCCAUAGCUAAACAUCAAGUGACACAUGUUUUCAACCCCUCAGAGAAUGAAUUAAGAGAGCAAGCUAGUAGGUUGGCAAACACAUAUAAUCUGGAUGUGAUGGAGAAUCUAAUCCCAGACAAACCCAAGUGUGGAGCUUGUGGAAGACUGGGUGCAAAACGUUGCUCUCGCUGUCAAGGAGAAUGGUAUUGCAACAGAGAGUGUCAGGUGAAACACUGGCCCAAGCACAAGCCUGUGUGCCAACUCAUGACUGAGACCACACAAAAACUACAGAAGGAAUUGGAUUUCAGAAGCUGAUGUAUCGCAUUGCAGAAAGCAACAGAGAGGACUGAUGUGUAACACAAAUGCUCAUAAACACAGUGACUAACUAAAAUAUUGCUCUACUAAUGGUGGACAUUCAUGAAAACAUACAAGGAUUUGAGAACUUGUUACAGCAUUGUGUUUUUUCUAUAGCUGUAAUACAGUAUGUAUUGGGUCAUGAUUCAUAUAUAAACAUUGUUCAUGUACAUGUGUAUGUACAGUAUAUGAUUCAGUAUGACAUAAAACACAUACUUGCAAGAUUUUUAUUUCUCACAUUUUUUGUUUGAACAGUUUACUGUUACCCUGAUUUUGAUGAAUUAUAAAAUGAAAGUUGUUAUAAUACUUUUUGUGUUAUCUGUCAUACUUGUGGUGAUUCAUGUGAAGCGUUAAUACCAAAUUCUAACACAUUUAGCUUAUUUAAUGAAAACAAGCCUGGUCUGAACUUUAAAGUAAAAGUGUUGCAGUCUAAGGAACGCUUCAGAAAUACGUGUGGUCUUUCUGAAAAUGUUAUUCAUGUAAAGCCAGUUACUGCAUUUGUGCCUUUAACUUGCCUUUGACAAAGAGCACCACAAAUUACCAUGAGCUGAGUUUUUAUUAUAUCUUUCACACUGAUUCCAUCUUCCAAUCUCAUGUAAACUAGUGUCACAAAGUAAAAUGUCAAACAUAUGGUACAAGUGUUUAGAGCCUCAUAGCAUGAGUGACAACAAGACCCUGGAGAACUAUAUCAAUGCCAAAGCACACACAUGCAUAUAAAGUGACACACAGCAGGGCAGUGCAUUUCCAUUUCCAUCACAAAUGUGAUUUGAGGAGUAAGAUAAUUUUUUUUGUAAAAGAUGGAAAACCACUGUGUGACACUGUAUGACCACUGUGUAUUUGACAACACCUAACACGGCAAAAUGUUUUCUUGUAUUGAUGUGGACAAAGAAAGAAAAUAAUUAAAUACAGUAAGACACUCAAACGACAAGAAACAAAACCUUUGCUCAACAUUAACUACAAUCUAUAAUAAGAAUUUGGUUUUAGUGGUGUAGUGUUUAACUGUUGUUCAGUGUUCGUGUAGCUCAACUGGCAUAGCACUGCAUUAGCAGUGCAAAGGGUUUUGUGGGGUUUUAUCAUCCUGUUUUUGUGUUAUAAUGGUACUGACAUAACAAACAUUUAAGAUAAACCAGUAUUUUAGGAUUUUGGCUUUAGAUCAAGUUCUACAGAAAUCUGAAGGGGCGAUUCACUGAACAGCUUAAAAAGCAGCAAACAGCGCUGAAAUAGCACUGCACCUUGAAUAUUUAAAUAGGCCGUCAUCUUUCAGUUUUCACUUUCCAAGCAAAUUAGAUCAUUGCAGAUUUUCUUAUUUUUUAUUUUCUUAUAUUUACACAACUUCAUAUUUGCUUGAUGCAGCCUGCAAAUAAAGGCAGUUUGCAGCUUUACCUCGUGUUAUUUGCCUAAUUCUUACAGUGAUUCAGGUGCUAAACCGGCACAGAGAAUGUGCAAAUAAAUACUUUUAUCGGGCACAAUUCAUUCUUAGUGAAUUCCCCUGUCAGACUUUUUCAGUGCAUUUAACAUACAUAGAACUCUUACUAGGAAAUUAAGAAUUAAAUAAUGCAUUCACUGAACAACAAAAUGUAAAAAAGUAAAAUUGUACACAAAAUUUUAAACAAAGUACUUUCUACAGUCAAUUUUUCUUUGUUACCUACUUUGACGGUCUUUUUAUCUAGAUAAACACGAUUGUAUUGUUUGAUUCACAUUUAGUCAUUUAGCAGUUUCAGAAUCAAUUUGGUUUGACUCCAAGAAUGAAAACUAACAAUACGAUAGUACCGUGCAUAGACCAACAAAACAUGUUAAAGAGCAAUAAAAAAUAAAAAUCUAGGAGUACUCACAAUUAUUGCUAAGGGACAUGUUAUAGAAAAC